AAAAAAUGCUGGGAUAACAAAUUUCGCGCGCAAAAUUCCUAAAAUCAUGUGCUUUUACCUCGCGGCUUGCCCCACCCCCGUGUGACCACCACCCACCAACGUCUGCAUGCCCCACCCACCCACCACUCUUGUCUCCUUCUUCUCUUCUUCUUCUUGUUGUUCUUCUUCUUAGCCAGUUUAUCAGAACGAAACUGUGCCUGUAAAUGAAAUCUAUGAUUGGAAUGGAAUUUUGGAACGGGGUUGGGAUGCGAAUGCGGAAAAUAUGCGUAUUUUUGAUAUACUUUCACCUGCUUUCUCUUUCUCUCUCGCUAUCUCUCUCUCUUUUUUCAGGACGAUUGACAAAAAAGCGCUGAAGUACGUCGGAUGCCGGUCUAAUGAUGGUUAUGAUGAUGUCGAUUUAUGUGUCUGAAGGAAGAGAAACACCAAGAAUGUUCCCGAGAAAUGAAAAUGCGACAUUUUAUUACAAAAAAAUCUACGUAAAAUUUGGGAAAACGUGGGAAAAUUUGGGGUAAAUUUGGUCCUAAAUUUUGAAAACUUGGGCGCGGGAAGUCUACCCACGUGGAAAAAUGACCUGUAAAGCGUUUCAUCCCAUCCGCCCCCAUAUUUCUUUCCCUUGAUGUUUUCCUUCUUCGCACUUAUCAUGACUUGGCUCGGGCAUGAAUGACGUUGUACUUGCACAUCUUUACUCGCAUCGCAUCGCAUCGCCUGCAACAAAAUCUUGUAAACUGUGUAUUGAUUUUUAUUUUUGUUACAUUUCUUCUGCCCCCUUCUGAUUUUCACAAUCCAAUAAAAUAAAAAAGAGUUUUCACCGAAAAACGGUAGUGAUUUUGUCAUGAAUCCCCUGAAAAAAAGUCCAGUCCAGUCCAGUUUGAAACAUUGUUUAAUCCUGCAUCACAAUUUUCUAGCAUUUCAUAAAAAUGAGGGGAUGGCCAUUUUGUAUAAAGCUUUCCUUCCCCAGGCCCUCGGAGAGAAUCGCUGCACGUUCAGUACCCGCAGGAACUUCUUCCCCUGCGUAAAUUUCCGGCCAGACUUCUCCCCACCGUGACGCGGAGGAGAGCGUCCUCCUGCGGGGUCAGGGUUCGACCUACGUCCCACGUGAGCACGAUGACCGUGGGGGGCGGCGAGGAGGAGUCGUCGUGCUACGCGUCCUCCGAGGUGGAAGCGUGGUACAGAGAAAGGGAUGAGCAGCAGCAGCAACAACAACAACAACAACAACCGCAACGUCGCCGUCACUCAGAAGUUCCGACGGUGGCGAGACAGCAAAAUGGACGGGGUCGAGGUCAAGGUCAAGGUCAAAGUCAAGGACAAGGUGGUCAAGGUCAAGGUCUGACGCUACGUCAAGUAAAAGGAAAUGGACGAUCGAGACGGGAUUUAAAAGAACCUGUUUUGCCCGUGGAGAAAGCAGUAUCGCCAAAACCGGUGAAAUCACGAAUUGUCGUGGAAAAACCGGAGGAGGAAGAUGAUAUCGGAGAAAGUAACGUGCUUCCACCACCCCCCUCACGACCGGGGGGUGGACCACCGAGAUCCGCCACGGCGACCCCGACGCCAAAAGUGGAGCAAUUGGAGAGACGAUCGUCACCUUCACCUUCUUGUCAGCGUGACACGAAUAAAUACCUAUUCCCAGUGAGGCGCCACCUGCUGAGGAGAAACCCGCAUGACACGUCCCUCCAAAGCAACGGGGUCGGGUUGAAAAUCGUUGGAGGCAAGGAAACACCCGACGCGACGGGACGACUCGUCGCCUACGUGGCGAAAGUGUUUCGCGACAAGGUUUUCCCCACGAGACUUGGAGGCGAGGAGAUUCGCGAAGGUGACGUCGUCCUUGAGUGGAAUGGGGAAUCCUUGGAAAAUAAGACGUUUGAAGAGGCCGCCGCCAUCAUGGGGGGAGGAGGAAGAGGAGGAGAAAGUGAGAUUCAGGGUGGUGGAGGAGAAGAUGAGGUCGUUGAACUUGUGAUUAGAAGCGACUAUGACAUCUUCACGGGGAAAGGGCGACCUCCAUUGACCGAGGAGGAGAAAGCAGAACUAGAAUCGCGCGUCCUCCUACAUCCGGGAAAAAUGGGGGAGGAGGAUGCUAUACGACGCUCAUCCGUGGGAAGAGGCCCUUAUCGACACGAUGAGGGUGGGAUUAUUCAAGGGGAGGAUUAUUCACGCCAUUCAACUGGUGCGCCACCCGCCCGUCUAAUCGAGCCAUCUCUCCCGCGUCGCUUGGUUCGCUCGCCAUCCGCUAGCUCGACCGAAACACCCACUUCCACCUCGACCGGUCCCGUCCACGAAGGUCCCGAUGGUGCCUCGACGUCCCGCUUUCCCCAACAUUUAGUCAUCCCUUGUGAAACCGAUUUGCGAAAAAGGUCCACCGCUUCGCUACCACCAUCGUUGAAUGACCAUCACCACAUGCACCAGCCCCCCACAGGGGAUAUGGACCAAGAAGAUGACCGCUACCUCUCGACCCGUGACAUCUACAGGGGUCGAAAAGGAUCAGAGAAUAUCAGCGUUAAAAGUAUGGGGAUAUCUUCUCCCGGAGAAAAACCGCACGGAAGUAGUUCCCGCCAUCGCGGUAAAAAGGGCGCGUACGGACAAAUCCAGCUGCAAAUUUGCCACGACCCGAAGGCGAACAUUUUAUACGUGACAGUGAUUAAGGCGCGUCUCCCGAAGCAGCGGAGGGUCAGUGGGGCCGGGGGACCGGGGGAGGAGGGGGGUGAAAUCGUAGUGGCGGAAAAUCCCUACGUGACCGUUUUCCUGUUGCCGGAGCGGGUUUUAGAGAACCAGCGGAGGACGAGGCACGUGGCGAAUGUGACCCUCACCCCGACCUGGAAUCAGACCAUGGUUUACCCAAAUGUGACGGGGGAAGACUUGAAGGAUAAGUAUUUGGAGGUGGCGGUUAGGAAUUAUAAUCCGGAAGGGGGAGUGGAUGCUCUGUUGGGAAAGAUUAUUCUAUAUUUAUCAGACGACGGGAUCCUUGAAGAGCAACCGCACUCUUACUCGCUCCGUUUGGAGGAUAAGCCAUACCGACGGCGGAGCAGUCAAAAGAGCGCAAUCACGGUGGCCCCUACGUCCAGAAAAUCCUCAUCCUCCGCCACGCCGAGAGGGUCCCUCGUCCCCACAGCGUCCUCUUCCCGUCGCAAUACUCUCGCCCAAGAGGACAACCAGCCAGAAAGCUGAGACGAAGAGAAGCAGCCAGUCUCCCCAGAGAAAGAGGGAGAAAGUGGCAAGAAACCCUUUUUCCCACGAAACUUUCUCCCUGCCUCGUCCAAAAUGCCGACCGACUGUCACGGGCUCACUACUUCCUGUGCCAUCCUCUAAGAUUUUCAACGUCCAGCCUUUCAUCUCAUCUCGAUAGCCAUUUUCACUACAACAAUCACGCACGAAAACCACAGAUCAUCUAAAUCCUAAUGUCUCAGAAUUUGCACAAGGGGAUAUUUCCGUCUCAAUUUGCCCCCUCUCCCCCAUCUCCCCCAAGGGGAACAUAACAAUUUACCCUCCAAAGGAAUGUCACCCCUUAUCCUCCUAUCUCGAUAACCACUUUCACCACUACGAUCACGCACGAAAACCACAAAUUCAACUACUCAAGUGUCUCAGAAUUCUUAAGAAAUAAGUACGAAGAGGGGGCAUUUUGCCCACUCUUCCCCCAGGGUAAUAGGACAAUUUACCCUCCAACCACUUAUCCUUUCAUCUGGAUAACCACUUUCAGCACAAUAAUCACGCACGAAAACCACAAAACCUCAUGAUAAGUAUACUAUUCAAGUGUCUCAAGCAAUUUACCUGCCCCCUGUCCCCUCUCCCAGGGGUAACAUGACACUUCACCCCCCAAGUGAUGACACCUUUAACCGCACAACUUAAUUCCUCUUACUAAAUAUUUAAAAAAAACAUAAUCUGAUAAUAAGUAACACAAAAAUGACGAGAACUUUCACCUCAAACAAAUAACCAAGUCGACCGCAUGCUCAACAAAGUAUACGACCUAUUGUUACUACCCAACCCGUAUUACAUAUUUACGACCAAGAAAUUAUUAUGCACGUGUUAAAAAAAUCUUUCUAAGUUUUUUACAUAUUUUUCAAGUCAUCACAAAUGCGCAUAAAUAAACUGUCUCAAUCUUCCACACUACAAAAAUCAAUCAAUUUUUGACCUUAUUACUUCCAAUUAAUUAUUAAAUAUAUCGUAAAUUAAGAAAUAAUUUAAGGAGUUGGAUAUUGCAAAACUUUGACCGAAAUGUACAGCUUUCUAAACAAGACGUGCUUUCACUUUGGAAAAUUUGAGUUGCUUUGUUAAAAAUUCACCCAAAAAUUUGGAUUAUUUCGAAAAUAGAAAAAUUAACGAUGCCCGUUCAAAAGUUGUUGAAGAUCAAAAACGUUUUCUUUUUGAUUUUUUGGUAAAAAAUUCACCCAAAAAUGCAUCAUUACACAUUUAAAAAAUAAAAUUAGCUCAAAGAUUAUUGAAGGUCAAAAAAUCUUAUAAAUUGUGGUUUUAAGGAAUCUUUUUUGACGCCUAAUAAGUUUUGACGUUAAUUUUUCUUAUUUUUGAAAUAAUUCGGGGAAUUUUUAACGAAAAAAAAGUAAUGGGAAAAAAUUCCUCGAAGUGAAAGCAUCCCUUAUUUAGAAGCCUUGUCUACGUUUCGGGGAAAACACGUGCUAAAAAUAAGUGAAAGCAAUCCGAAUAAUUAACUUGAUGGUGGAGGACCAGUAAUAAAUUGCUUGUAAGGGAAAUAUGUUGCCGAACUUAUUUGUCUUUGGGGAUUUCUUGAUGGAGAGAAUACAUACGUGUCAUAUCAAAUAUUUAGUACACGAUUGCUGUGUCAGAUCCAAAUUAAUGUUAAUUAAGGUGUGACUAUGUUCCGAGUGAAAGCAUGGGAUGGAAUUUUGAUCCGCGUCUCAAAUUUUUAUGUUUGGUGCUUUUUGCGAGGUUUGCAAGUAAUUAAGUUAUAUUUGACGUAUGAGUAAUUGGUGCGGUAAAACAAAUUGGGGAAUGAAUAGAUAUUUCUGGGAAAUAUUGACCAAAUUUUUACCUCUGAUAUUAAAAAUCGUGUGUUCUUUGUUUCCAAAUUCAUAUAUAGAACUCUUCUCCUGGCUUUUUGAGUGUGCAUGGUUUCCAUUUUGAGAUUUGUCCCGCAUGAAAAUAUUUCACGAUAGAAAAUUCAGCGCAUUUUUCUGAGUACAGAAUCAUAAGAAAAUUUCGGCAAACAAAAAAUCUUGCACAUUUACCUCAUGUAGAAAAUUUUGGGCAGUAAAACCGUCCAAAUUUUAUCUGAUGAAUCUAUAGAAAAAUGUGUCAAUUUUCGACGGGUCGAUUUUCAUGGGGACUUCAGAAUUUCUAUUUGUGUAAAAUAAAGUAAAAAUUUAUUACCAAGCGUGGUACUAGAAUUAUGGUGAAUGAGGCAAUUCACGCAUUCAUUGGUAAAACACGUGUAUUUUGUAUUACAUAACUUUGCAAACUUGUACAAAAUAAAGAGUUCUGUUCUGAGAAAGGUUAGAAAAAUUUGUGAACUAAUUUCCCUUAGAAAUUUGAGUAAUUUUUUUGUAAGUUUGUAAGCUUACGGAAUUUACGGAUUUUACAAAGUUACCAAGGCCUGCUUGAAUUACCUCAUUGAUUAAUUUACAAAGUAAAAAUUAUGUAUAUCAUGAACUAAUAAGGCAAUGCACGCAGUCCUUAGUAACUUUAUAAAAUUUGAUUUUCCAGAAAUAUGAGUAAAAUUUUGUAAGUUUACAGUUUACAAGUUACGAAAUUUACCAAGGCCUGCGUGAAUUUCCUCAAUACAUUACAAAAUUUUGUAACGUUAGAAUUCUACGAUUUUCUGUGUGGAUUAAUUAGAUACUAAUCCCGUGAUGAAUAUGACGCUGUAUAAAAGUGAUUAAAAACUAAAUACACAAUUAAACUGAAAAGAUUGAAUUUAAGGUAAAAUUAAAAAAUCACUAUUUUUGCUUUAUUUAAAGUCUUGUCUAAUUUGACCAAUACUUUGUAUACGCAUACAUACAUACAUACACUGUAAUCUGAGCUGAUUGAAUGAGUAGAAUGUAUAAUAAAGUCGUGAUUUUUAUGA